UCCUGUGCGCUACACGUCGCCACUGGCGAGGGCCAGCCUCAGUGUGUUUGUGUGACUAUCUAAAUGUGUGUUUGUGGGUGAGAGGACGGCGCAUCAAGUCUCUCCUGAAGAACCGCGAGUGCCGUUGAACUUCUCCGUCCAGCUGUGGAAUGCGCCGGUGAUGUGUCCUGGACAAGGUUUAGAGGAAAGUGACAGGAGAAGGACCGCUUGGAUUUUUUGAUUAAAGAGAAAGUUUGGGAAUUGUUGUGUUUGUGUUGGAAUCCUCUCUCGUCAUGACCGAGCUUCUCAGCCCCGUUUCGACAAUGGACCCAGAGACACUCUGUCAGCCAGAGUCAGACCAGAUGAGUCCAAACGAGCCACAGUCUCCCCUGGACCUGAUAGACACAGGGAAAGGCCUGAAGGUCCAGACAGCCACACCACAUCUGGUCAGCCUGGGCAGUGGGAGACUGAGUGUUGCUAUCACCCUACUGCCCCUUAAAGAAGGAGUGACCCGUAUCGGGCGUGAGGACGCGGUGGUACCCCAGGACAUCACCAUCCUGGGUGCAGGCAUCGAGGCGGAACACUGCAUCAUCACCAACACGUCAGGGGUCAUCAUCCUCGACCCUUGUGGGAACCUCUGCUCCCUGGACGGUGUCCCUGUGACAUCACCCGUCCCGCUCACACAAGGUUACUCCCUGUGUCUGGGUAAAUCCUACUUCUUCCGCUUCAACCAUCCAGAAGAGGCCAGCCGCAUGAAGAGCAUGCUGCCCCAGAAGAGCCCUGUCUCGCCCCUGGCCUACAGCACAGACUAUCUGAAGUUCAGUAGUGACUACAGUCAUGGGGUGGUGGGAGGGGCCGGCAGUGCAAGAGGGAUGCGUUCUGCCUCAGAGCUCCGUGAUUUGAUGGACACCUUACAACGAAAGAAGAUUGCCCUGGAGACCAGCCUGAGAGCCAAUGGUGACUCUAGCCCCUCCUACUUCAGUAUGACACAGUCUCCGCCCACCACGCCUGUGACCUCACCCACCUCGAUGUUGUCAGCCUAUCAAGAGCAGGCUAGGCGUUUCUACGGCUCUGAUCGCCCGCCCCUCUCCGGCAAAGCCGCCGCCCCUCCCUCCCCCUCUCGGCGCUCCGACCCCCCUUCCUCCCGAUCCUCCAUGACCCGGAACCAAUCCUACCAAUCACAGGACAGCCUGCUGGUGUCCUCUGGCGACGGGCGACGCCAACUAAACCCAAACUCCUCCCCCCUGUUGUCGAUGUGGAACGGUGGAGGUUCCUCUAACUCGGUGGCCGGUGGUGAGAGCCUCUCCUCUCCUCCUCCAUCCUCAUCCCUCUCUCCAUCCAGUGGAGCGGCCAGCGUGCCCUCCAGCCCCCGCCUGGGACGCCGAAGUCACGGCAACCAUGAGUCGAUGCCUAGCAACCGUACCAGGAAGUACUCUGCAGGAUCGAUAGGCAGCAUGAUGGGAAGUCACAGCCUCUCUCUGCCCCGCCUCUGCCCGUCAUCGUCUCCACGUUCCCAUGACAAUGGAGCCCUGGCGCUCUCUACCCUCCCCCCGACCUCGCGGCGCUCUGAACCGCUACGCAACUCCUCUCACAACAAUAGCCAAAACCACACCACAAACAGUAACUACAACCAUAACCAAACCACUAACUUUAACUACAGCCAGGCACAAAACAUGAACCACAAGGGGAACCAAGGCGAGGGGGUGGUAUCCAUCUCCCUCUCCUCCCCAAAGUCUCCCACCCAGGCCCCUCCAGACGUGACUGUCCCGUUCCGAUCAGGGGGCUCCUCCAGCCCCCGCGUGGCCAAGAAACUCAGCCUCACCUCCACCAGCUCCACAUCCAGCCUCCAGGAGCCAGAGUGGCCAGCCAGCUGCGGAGUCUCCCCAGGACCAGAGCUUUUUUUCGCGGAGAGGGAGCACAGGGGUGGCAGCCUGGAGCCUGGUCUAGGGUUAGGGGAACGGAGACAGUCUUUUGGGAAGGGAGGUAUAGAGCCAGGUUUAGGGUUAGGGGAACGGAGACAGUCUUUUGGGAAGGGAGGUAUAGAGCCAGGUUUAGGGUUAGGGGAACGGAGACAGUCUUUUGGGAAGGGAGGUAUAGAGCCAGGUUUAGGGUUAGGGGAACGAAGGCAGUCAUUUGGGAAAGGAGGGGUGGGGCUGGGGGCGGGGGUGACCCCACCGGGGGGGUUCAGGGCGAGGAGUGGCAGUAUCAGCUCCCUGAGUGGGAAAGAAGAACUGACUGACUACCAUCAUCGCCAGAGAGAUGAAAGACUACGAGAACAGGAGGUGGAGAGACUGGAACGCCAGCGGCUGGAAACCAUUCUGUCUCUGUGUUCAGAGCUGGGUCGAUCGGAGCAGGACAAGGAGAGGGGUGUUGGUUCUAGUGUCGGUACCAGUGCUGGUCUAGCCGACCUUCAGAAGAUCAACCGGGAACUAGAGAAACUCCAGGUCUCUGACGACGAUGAGUCAGAAUCCGUCUUCUCCGACUCAACCGUUAACGGAAAUGGGGCCGGUAGCGACUCGGAGAACGGUUACUACGGUAACGACGAGGAGCGUCCGGUCCGACAGCGACGGAGCAGCGGCCACCGUGACAACCGGGCGGAAUCGCCGGCCAUCAGUCUACGAAGCUCUGCCACCUCGCCCACCGUGCGCCUGCCGAGGACCAAUCAGGCGCCGGUGGAGGAGGGCCAGCGGAGGCAGGAAGUGACCCGUGUGGAGGAGGAGAGGAUCCAGGUGCUGAACAACAUGGAGGAGCUAGAACAGAAGAUCAAAGAACUGGACAACCAGAUGGACGAGUCUCUCAGAGAGGUGGAGGUGGAGCGCGCCCUGGUGGAGGCGGAGCAGCAGGCGGAGCUAGCAGCCCUGCAGCAGGAGAGAGAUGCUCUGGAGACACUCAACACCAAGAUGUCCGACAUGGAACAACAGGCACAGAACCAGAAGACUCCGGUGUGUGUGUCGCUGCAGGCUGAGAGGGAUAGGGUAGAGCAGCUGUCUCAGAGUGUGUGUGAGCUGCGCUCCCAGCUCCACUGCUGUCCUGAGGCCAUGAAGGAGCCCCUACAGGAGCAGCUCGCCAGGGACUCUGAGGUACUGGAGGCUGAGACGAAGCGUUUUGAGGACCUGGAGUUUCAGCAGCUGGAGAGAGAGAGUCGUCAUGAUGAGGAGAAGGAGACAAACACACAGCACCUCCUCAGAGAGAUCGCUGACUACCAACGCAGCUCCGUCACACGCAAGGAGAGGCUGGUGGCCCUAAAAAAGCAGGCGGGCCAGAUUACCCAGCAGGCUCAGCGAGAGAAGGACAGCUUCCUGAAGGAGAGGACCAACCUGCAGAUGAUGCUGCAGAGGGAGAAAGAUAACCUUGCCUCUCUGGAAAGGAUGUAUGCUGACCUCACAGGUGGGCGGGGCUUCCCUCUCAGCCCUAUCAGUCUCAAGGAGGGCUAUGUAACAGUCAGUGAGAUCAAUGAACUUUACUCCCAGCUGGGGGGGAACCCUAGUCCCGCCCCUGCCCCUGUUCUGGCCAAACCCUCCCCUGAUUCUGAGCCUAGCCCCUCCCGUGACGACAGCGCCCCAAAACCAGCGGAGGACGAGCUCUGUCGCUCCUCCUCUCCUGUCGACUGGCCUUCUUCCUCCUCCUCUUCCUCACGACCCCUAUUGCCCCGCCGCCCCCCUCUCACCAAAACCCCCUCGGUUCAUUGGCCGGAGGACAUGGUGACCUAUCGUGACCCCUCUCCCCUCCCUGACUCUCCUCCUCCUCUGCCUGUCAAAAAACACCGCCACAAUAGGCAGCACUUCCGUUCGCUGGAGGAGAGAAAGAGGUUAGUGAAAGAAGGUGGGGCCCACCUGAGUGACACAUUACCCAGGAAGAAGACCACGUCCAUUGUCACCCCUCAGUUCAGCUGUGCUACACUAGGACGCAGCAUGCCUAACAAGUCCCAUCAGCCCCUGGUCCAGAGUUCUAGCUGUGGCAGUAUUCUACCCCGGGCCAUGUCUGUCUCCUCCAGUAGAGACGCAGAUAAACGCCGCCUGCACAAGGUUUGCUGUGUUUUAACCGUGGCUGGUCAGUGUGAUCAGAGGGAGGGCCAUCGCUCUGUACCGUACGGUCAGACUGUGGUCCCUGAGGUGGGGAGCGGUCAUGGAGAACAGGGCUCAGUGCAGGGAGGGGCACAGACAGGUCAGCCGAGCUCUCGGGCCGCCUCCCAGUCCAACGUGUACCUGGACACCUACGGUUACCGUGAUAACGGCCAGGCAUACGACACCAUGAGCGUGGACAGCUCUGACUCAAUGGAGACCAGCAUCUCUGCCUGCUCCCCCGACAACGUCUCCUGUGCCAGUACGUCCAACGUGACCAAACUGGAGGAAAUGGAGCGUCUGUUGAGACAGGCUCAGGCAGAGAAGAAUAUCCUCAUAGAACACAAGGAGCAAGAAAUGGAGUCACGCAAACAGGCUCUGGAGGAAGAGCGGAGAAGGAGGGAGGAUCUAGAGAAACGACUGCAGGAGGAGACCAACAGACGACAGAAACUCAUCGACAGGGAGGUGAAACUACGGGAGAAACAGAGAGCACAGUCCCGUCCUCUGACGCGCUACCUGCCAGUUCGUAAGGAUGACUUUGACCUGAGGGCCCAUAUAGAGUCAGCGGGCCACAGCGCUGACACCUGUUUCCACCUGUCCCUCACGGAGAAGACGUGCCGAGGAUUCCUGGUCAAGAUGGGGGGAAAGAUCAAGACCUGGAAGAAACGCUGGUUUGUCUUUGACCGCAACCGACGAACACUCUCCUACUUCUCAGACAAGCAUGAGGCCAAGCUGAAAGGGGUCAUCUACUUCCAAGCAAUAGAGGAAGUUUACUAUGACCACUUAAAGAACGCACACAAGAGUCCUAACCCGUGUCUGACGUUCAGUGUGAAGACUCAUGACAGGGUCUAUUACAUGGUGGCCCCCUCUCCUGAGGCCAUGAGGAUCUGGAUGGAUGUCAUCGUCACCGGGGCCGAGGGAUACACCCAGUUCAUGGUGUAGGAGGCUUGAUCUGUCCGCGUCAGAGGGAUACACUCAGUUCAUGGUGUAGAAGGCGUGAUAUGGCCCCAGCAGAGGGAUACACUCAGUUCAUGGUGUAAAGAGUGGUGCUUCGGAGUGGAGGGAUACAGCCAGUGUGUGGUUCCAGCGCCAGGACGAGCUCCUCUCUCUUCUCUGUGAUCUCUCUCUGUGACACAGAUGGACUGUUGUUCUUAUUUCUGUAUUUGAUUAUUAUAAAACUGUCCAAGGACGUGUUCUCUAACAGCGUGCCUUAACUCUCACAGUAGAGAGCUCCACUGGGAUUGGCCAGUGUGUUUAUGCAUCAUUAGUAGACAAGCAAAACAGAACGGUCAUUUCACUUCCUGGUCAGGCGGCAAGUUACUGAUAUUUACUCAUCCCCAAAGACCUCAGGUCUCGUGUGUGUGUGUGGGUGUGUGUUACAUUGUGAUCACAUAACCCAGAGGUGCUAAUCUUUUUGUAUGGGAUCUUUUCUCAUGAGGCCAAUGUCCUCCAUUGUGUCUUCCAGUGUACCAAAGGUCAAGUCAUCUGUGGUAAAAGACAAUACCCAAGGCUGCUACUUGGGUAUUAGGUUGUCAUUGAGAUGCAGCUUUAUACAUGCCAGUGGUAUAUUAAGUACAGGAUCAUAUCAUCCCAUAGGUUAACCCUCACAGAUUAUAAUCAUGCUGGUCGAGCUUUCGCUGCUUAUGUUAUUAUUCACUAACCAGAUAGCUAUAUGUUAGCUGUGAGUUGUAUUUAUCAAAUGCCUUGUUUCAUGUUUUAUGUUGAGCAGCCUUGGCAUAUAGGCUUACUGUAUGUUAGUGCUCAGUCAUGAUGCUUUUCCUUCCCACCAUCAUAUAUAGUACCAGUCAAAAGUUUGGACACACCUACUCAUUCCAGGGUUUUUCUUUAUUUUUACUAUUUUCUACAUUGUAGAAU